CAAUUGUAUCCAAAGUGUUAAAGCCUAAGGUUGAUCUUUCAAUGUCAUUUGCUUCUCCAACAUUAGAUACUGGAAAUACUUCUUUAACUGCCCCUGUAUCGCACAAGAAAACUACAUUCUUUGACCAUGAAUUUUGCAAAAAUAGUGUCUCCAAGCUUCAAAGGUCAUUUUCAACUAAUGAAGCCACUAUAAAAGCUGCAUUUGAGAAAGAGCAUAAUGAAUCAAAUUUAAUAGGUGACUUCAGUCAAUCAUUUAUAUUGCCUUUGUUAUCACUCGGCCGUCAUGCAGAUCUCCGUAGUAUAUCUCCUGAUACUUUAGCUCAUUUAUUGGAGGGCACAUUCAAUGAUUGUAUCGAUUCCUAUUUGAUAAUAGAUUGCAGAUAUCCAUACGAAUAUGAAGGCGGUCAUAUAAGAGGAGCAAUCAACAUAUUUACUAAAGAGCAACUACUUAAAGAUUAUACUGAAGACAAGUUGGGUAAAAAAUCUCAUAAAACUGAUAAAAUUAAUGUGAAGAGAAAUGUUUUGAUAUUUCACUGUGAAUUUUCAUCGGAGAGAGGCCCAAGCCUGUGAGUAAAAUGUUAUGAAUUUAAUAUUUUAUAAUUAUUAAUUAUU